GUGGCGAGAAACAAACAAUUUCGAAAUUUCGAGUUUCCAUGGACGACAUGGCAACUUGCACGUGCCAAGGGCAGUCAAUAAGAAAUGGCAUUGGCUUCUUUGGCUUGUCUUGAGCCAUCACCAGGGCUUCACGCUUGACUCCUUCCACCUCUUUUACCUCUCUUUUUCUUUCUUACCUUCACUUCCUUGCCUUUCCUUUCGGCAGGCCCGUUCUUACCGCCGUCGCGCAAGCUCGCCAACGCCCUAGAGGCGGUUUCCAUUCUUUAGAUUCCUGCGCAAUGCGUGUCAAGCAGAUCUGGGAGGUAAUCCCGCUUCCUGCAAAGAUCAAGCUACUGUGGGAUCGCCUUACAUUCUCGCGACUCACGACUACAUAUUUCCUCUUCUCGCUAUGCCACUGCAUCAUACAGGUGGCUCUCCAGGUCAGGGUCUUCACCAUCAACGCAGAUGCUGCCGCCUCUCUCUGGAGCCUCGCCUCUCAAGCCAAUGCUACCACCUUGAAUGGUUCCCACGCAGUCCCUGACUUGCAGCUUGGUUAUCUUCGCCUGUGUAAUGAUGUUCCUUCCGACGCAACUUUCUGUCAAGUUGUCUGGAAUGCCACUGCCGUUAUUCCAGCCAAUGCAUCGUUAGAGAGCUCGUUUUCUGCCAAUGAAUCAACGUCAGCCGAGCAGUCGACAUCGACAUCGGUGUCAUCAGUGUCUUCGGUGUCUUCUGCUGGUUCUUCAACCUCACCCUCGUUUUCUACCAAAUCCGCUGCUGAAGCAGCUAGCUCCAAGGCUUUGGAGUCCACGACUACCGUCUUUGUUGUAGCUACCCCAGCAGUCACAUCAUCUGUUGUCAAUGAUGCAGAUAUUGAAGAGAACCACUCCAGCAAUGACGACGACGAAGAGGACGAGGACGAGGACGACGAAGACGACGCCGACAAUGACUUUCAUAAGCGCCUUCAAUUCAGUAUGCCCAACAGUCGUCGCUCAGUCAAUGCUUCAACUCUGAUAGCCGAUCUCCCAAAAAACUGCCUUUGGUCUCUCAACUGGCCUGUACUAAUGCUCGACAACACCAAACGAGAGGACGUAAUAUUCAUUGCCUUCCAGAUCUGGGUACUGGGCAUGUCCAUUGUGGCGCUUCUGAACGAGUCCAUUCCCCACAUCUUUGCAUCGUUGGCUACACACGCAUUGGCAACUGCCUGGUCUAUCUACCAGAUCAUCCAUACUGCAAACUUUCGUUCAAACUUCAACCGUGUCAUCACCAAUGGCACAUGUGGUGUUUCGUUGUUACCUAAAUACUGGGAUGAACGUGCCAGGGCAGAGUAUCCUACGUUGGCCCUGAAUGUUGUUGCUCUGUUGGUAUCUGCGGUCUUGACAUGGCACUUGAUCAAGUUGUUCGGCUGGCAAACAUUCAAACGAGUAGGCGCUUCUAUGACGAUGAAUCGCAUCUACAAGCUUGUCCUACUCUUGUCGAUUACACUCCAGCUGUCAUUCUUCUUCAUGGGUGCCACCAUAUCUCUGUGGAUAGAUAACCUUUUCAACGGGGUCGCUGCUCAAGUGGCGUGGUAUGUAGCAUUCUAUAAAGCCACCUCUUUCGUAACGGAAAUUUUCUUAAUCCCGUGGAUCAUGACUGGUUGGGUUGCUGUACGCAAAGAAUCGAGGCUUCCGAUGUUCAUAUUCCUCGUCCUCUGCAUUCUAUAUCUAGGGGGAUGGAGCCUCAUGUUCUUGUCUACCACUUUUCGGUGGACAUUCGUGACAUGGCGCUUCUUUAGUGUUAUGGCCACAGCCUCUGUGCUUUUGACUGUUACGGCUUUCAUCCUUGGGAUCAUGUGUCGAUUCAAUUUUGGCAAAGGCUUGCCCCGCUAUUUGGAUGCACAGGAACCCUUACCUGGGGAUGACUUCACAACAGUAUACAGUUCAGACAUAGAAAAGGUACACUUCCCGUCCAACGAGAAGCCCAUUCCGACAUUUUCGGCAUCAUUUGGAUCUGGUAGUGAAGUUCCACCACCCAGAUUGAUGUUCCCGUCACGAAUGGGCCCCAGGUUCUUUAAUCGUUCCGCACAGCCAUUUGAGACCCCAAGCAACCAAUCUGUCGUCACUGUACCUUCACCAGUUGUAACUCGCGCGGCAUCGUUCGAUUCUGGUAUCGACCUUGGAAGAAGCGGCAGCCAUUCUAGCGGGAAAAGCUUUGGUACCUCGGUGGAUAGCUAUUACUACAAUUUUUCUCUUCAGGGUGACCAUUAUCGCUCUGGUAGCGAGAAUUCAUCCCGUACCGUGCGGGGAAAGCGAUGGGAAAUAGAGUAGAUAGAUGUGCAUCCAGUUUUCGAGUUUUUCAGUUGAUCUGCUUUCGUUUUGAUGCUUGAACGUAUUCUUCUGACCUUUGCUUGCUUGCAAUGCAUUCAUAUACUCCCUGGUA